GUUGGUCACACCUACAAAAUUUUAAUCGCGCGCACAUGGUUGAAUGCUCUGGUAAAUACAGAUGAUAGGUUAAAUCUCACGUGUGUUUCCUGUGAAGAGUUUAAAUUAUAAGAUAUAAAAUAAAAUGGGACGAAAAGCAAAAUUCGAUGGGACGACCGUUCCGACUGGCCGUGGGAAAAAAGCGAAAAAGCAAGGCGAUCCAACAUUCCCAAAAGGAAUUCUAGUUAAAGAAGAAAAUAAAUUAAGUCAUCGGCAAAGGCAACGUGCAAAGAAAAGACUAUUGAAACAAGAAAAGCUGAAGGAACACGUGAAAAACUUGAAGAAAGGAAAACAAGGAGAAGUAGAAGAUACGGUGAAUACUGUAAAAGAUGUAUCGAAGUUACUGAAAAAAAAGAAAAAGAAACACGAAGAAACAAAAGGUGUGAUAAUUGAAAAUAAUGUCAAAGAUGUGGCUAAACAACCAACGAAGAAAAAGAAGAAGAAAUUUGUUAAAUCUGCAUUAAUUACAAAUGGUAAUACAAGUGAAGAAGAUAGUCAAAUACAAUCUGACAAUUAUAAUAAUGUAUCCAAGAGAAAGAAAGUAGCGAAGAAUAUAAUGCAAAAGAAUACAAAAAUGAAAUUACUAGAUAGUGAUACAGAGGAUAGCAAUAAUAUAGAAAGCGAUGAAAUUGAUCAAAGUAACGGAUCCGAGAACGAAGAUACGGGUGAGAAUGAAGAACAAAAGGAAGGUGAAGACAAGAGUGAAGAAGAUAGUGAUGAUGACAAUGAUGACAAUGGUGAAGAUGAAGAUGAAGAUGAUGAUUUGUUACCCAUAGAAAAAGCAAACAAAAAAUUAAAGAAGAAACAAGCAGAAGAGCAAAAAAUGGCAGAAGAGGAAAUUAACGAUAUGAUUACGCAACAAUGUGUCUUUACCUUUCCUACCGAGGAAGAACUUGCAAACACUACCAAUCUUAAAGAUAUCCAGCAGCGUAUAAAAGACGUUGUUAUGAUAUUGUCAGAUUUCAAAAGAUUACGCGAUGCGAAUAGAUCACGUUCAGAAUACAUGGAGCUGCUUAGAAAAGAUUUAUGUAUAUACUACAGUUAUAACGAUUUCUUAAUGGAAAAACUGAUGCAGAUAUUUCCAUUGGAUGAACUGUUAGAAUUCUUAGAAGCAAGUGAGGUGCAGAGGCCUAUGACGCUACGAGCAAACACGUUGAAGACUCGUCGGCGUGAUUUAGCAGAAGCUUUGAUAAAUAGGGGAGUCAAUCUAGAUCCGAUAGGCAAAUGGACUAAAGUUGGACUGGUAGUGUACUCCUCUCAAGUACCGAUGGGUGCAACACCAGAAUAUCUAGCAGGGCAUUACAUUUUACAAGGCGCAUCUAGUUUCUUACCAGUCAUGGCCUUGGAGCCGAAGGAAAAUGAAAGGAUUUUGGAUAUGUGUGCUGCUCCUGGUGGAAAAUCUUCGCAUAUAGCAGCACUCAUGAAAAAUACGGGUGUACUUUUCUCAAAUGACGUGAACGAGGAGAGGAUAAAGGCUGUAGUUGGUAAUUUCCAUAGGCUCGGUAUCGUGAACUCUGUCAUUUGUACUUACGACGGGAGGAAACUACCCUCGGUUAUUAAAGGUUUCGACAGAGUUUUAUUGGAUGCACCAUGCACUGGGACCGGCGUUGUCUCCAAAGAUCCUAGCGUUAAAACCAGCAAAGAUGAAGUACACAUACAACGUUGUUGCACGUUACAGAGAGAGUUACUGUUAGCAGCUAUAGACUGUGCGAACGCUCGUUCAGAAUCAGGUGGAAUUAUUGUUUAUUCUACGUGUUCGAUUCUUCCAGAGGAGAACGAGUGGGUGGUAGAUUAUGCUCUUAAGAAACGCGACGUUAAAGUAAUCCCUACUGGGUUAGAAUUCGGCGCGGAGGGUUUUACUAGCUACAGGCAACACAGAUUUCAUCCUUCGCUGAAGUUGACAAAAAGAUUUUAUCCGCAUGUGCACAACAUGGACGGAUUCUUUGUAGCGAAAUUAAAAAAAUUUUCCAAUAUCGUUCAAAAGAAGAAAGAGACAGAGGAAAAAGAAGAAUCGUUCGGUUAACAUUAAGCAAGAUAGAUUAAAGUUAGUGAGUAUUUUUAUAUUAAUAACUGAAAUAUUUGAGAAUUCCACCAAUUAAACAGUUUGAAAUAUAUUAAAAAUAUAUAAAUACGUAUGUACAGAAUUUAUAUUUUACAAUAAAUUUUAUGUAUAAAUUA